AGAGAACCAUGGGGAGAGCUCCUUGUUGUGACAAAGCCAAUGUCAAGAAAGGCCCAUGGUCGGCUGAAGAAGACACCAAGCUCAAGUCUUACAUUGAGCAACAUGGAACUGGUGGGAACUGGAUUGCUUUGCCUCAAAAAAUUGGCCUAAAGAGAUGUGGAAAAAGUUGUCGAUUGAGAUGGCUGAAUUAUCUCCGUCCGAACAUCAAGCAUGGAGGUUUCUCCGAAGAAGAAGAUAAAAUCAUUUGUAGUCUCUAUCUUAGUAUUGGAAGCAGGUGGUCUAUAAUUGCAGCACAGUUACCAGGAAGAACGGAUAACGACAUAAAGAACUACUGGAACACGAGGUUGAAGAAGAAGCUAUUCGGGAAGCAAAGGAAAGAGCAUCAACAACAACAACAACAACAAGCAACUCGUCGAGGAAACGCCCUAAGGCAUCACGGGACGAUGAACAGAAGCAAUAGCUGGCACCAAGCUACUAUAACAACAUGCCNACAGGCAACUCGUCGAGGAAACGCCCUAAGGCAUCACGGGACGAUGAACAAAAGCAAUAGCGCCAUUCCUUAUUGGCCUCAGCAGCAGCAGCUCCCAGUGGCACCAAGCUACUAUAACAACAUGCCAUCAUCUGACCAUAUCAACCCAAUUGAGAAUUUGAGCAAAUUUGGAGCUCAAUUUAUGGAACAAAGUGUGUACAACAACAACAAUGUAAAUGGAUAUGGAAAUGGGUAUUAUUUUCCAUUGCUUCAAGGGCAAAGCAGCAGCCAAAUGGUGGAUCUUGAGAAUUAUGACAUGGGGUUUGAUGAUCCAAGAAGGGUUUUGUGUGGAUUUGAGUUUGUGUAUGGAGAUCAUCAUAAUCAGCUAAUGGGUACUAGUAAUAGCCAUGGCUAUGAAAUGGGGCCUCUGAUUUCUUCUUGCCCUUCAAAUUACGAAGCAAUGCUCCAAGAUUUGUCAACCAUGACUCAAGAAUAUGAUACUCACUUGAAGAUAAUGGAUAGCAAUGCAGUUUGAUCCAUGGUGGGCGCAAUGUAAAGUAAUAAAAAUGGACUCUUUUUGGCCGUAGUGAUUUGGAGGGUGACA